AUGUCCAGCUAUCCUCGCUGGACUUGUCAUGGGGUCGGUAAAAACGCCAUUCUCCGCAAAUUGGAUUUGGGAUUCCUGCAAAUGUUGCAUCGUCAGUGGCGUGAUCUCGCUUUUUGUCUCACUGUCGUCUCUCUCAAUGAGCGCAGUAUGCGCGUCCUGUAUGAAAAUCUUCCCUCGUUCGCUGACAAACUUUGCCUCACCGAAGUUUACCAAGCCUUUGAAUUUGUGUUGUCUAACGCAAAGAAGUUCACCAAACCCGAUGGCAUGUCGAGGCUGGAAGAGUUCGAGACCAAAAUAAAGGAAUUCCAUCAAAAGGGAGUCGCUGACGAGGAAGCACUUCGUCGAGCUGAGAUCGCAGCAAAAGCCACUAAACGACGUUCGCGUGUUACUCGGACACCCUCGGCCGGUGAGCCUGUGAGGCGUAACAUACGUCGUGCUCGCCCACCUGGUUGCUCCACGUUGGUGCCGGAAACUGAGGAGAUCGAGGGUGAAGCCACUCCAACCAAUCGGGAGUCCGUUACCACGCCCGCCGUCACUAGAGCUCGCCGAGGUCCCGCCAACACGGAUGGCCGUGUAACGCGCCCGAGGCGCAAGGGUCGCGUUGUAUUCAGUUCGGAUGAGAGUACUUCCGAGCAAUCGGAUGAGACCGAUGAAGAUUAGCAGAUACACUUCUGAUGUUCACCUUCUUGUAUUAUAUUCUAUCGUUGUAAUUUGUUGUUUGUAUAUAUAUCCCAUUACAUAUGUCGCUCAAUG